CCGGCCCGAGGCGCUCGCUGUGGAACUCUCGCGCCACCAGAACGGCGACCUCAAGAAACAGCUUCACGAAAGGCAGCCGCGGAUCGCAGCGCUCACCGACAAACAAAAUAAUCCUGUGACUUGGGUCAGGAGGCGAAGGUGAAUCUUCUCUGCUGGACAGAUCAGAGAAAGGCAGCUUCCCAAGGUCCUGCCCCCAGCCUGGGAUGCCGUCUGGGUUAGCCCCCCACCUUGUAGGGAGUAACGUGAUGUAGCUGGAAAUGCAGAGGCCCCAGAGCAGUCGCUGAGGUCCGUGUCCAGCUUCCUGCCUGCUGGCUGAGUGGCCCUGGGCAAGUUGUGCUGCCUCCUUGAGCUGUUUCCCACCUGUGAAGUGGGGUGGUCCUAACACCUACCUCAGCCCAGCUGAUAUCAGAUCAUGGAUGUGAGACAGCGUCUAAGCUACAUGGUCAAGCAUAGACAUGGAAACUGUCACCACCAGGCUUUGGGAACCAUCACUGCAGUGCCUGUCACGGGUCCUCAGGUCAGCUCCUUGCAGAGGUUGGCCGGGCAAGGAGCGGCAGUGCUACCUCAGGUUAGGCCAAAGACUCUGAUUCCAGACAGCCUCCCUGUCACCCCGGGCCGAGACCGGCCACCCAAACAGCCCCCAACAUUCCAGAAGGCCACCGUGGUCAGCAUCAAGAACCCCAGCCCUGCCCUCCCCACUGCCAACAACACCGUCAGCCAUGUGCCAGCACCCGGCAGCCAGCCCCAGGCCCUCGCCCAGCCCGCCACCCUCGCCUCUCCCCUGAGCAGUGCCGGGGUGGCCUACGCCAUCAUCUCCACCUCCCCCAGCAAUGCUGCCGCCAUGGCCCCCAGCACCGCCGUGUCCGUGGUCAGUGACAGCAUCAAAGUCCAGCCCCUCCUCAUCAGUGCCGACAACAAGGUCAUCAUCAUUCAGCCUCAAGUGCAGACACAGCCCGAGAGCACGGGGGAGUCACAGCCACCUACAGAGGAGCCAUCUCAGGGAGCUCAGGCCACCAAAAAGAAGAAGGAAGACAGGCCCCCGACCCAGGAGAACCCAGAGAAAAUCGCCUUCAUGGUAGCGCUAGGCCUGGUCACAACAGAACACUUGGAAGAGAUCCAGAGCAAGCGGCAAGAACGGAAGAGAAGAAGCACAGCCAACCCUGCCUACAGCGGCCUUCUGGAGACCGAGAGGAAGCGGCUGGCCUCCAACUAUCUCAACAACCCCCUGUUCCUCACAGCGAGAGCCAAUGAGGACCCCUGCUGGAAGAAUGAGAUUACCCACGAAGAGCACUGUGCCGCCUGCAAGCGGGGGGCCAACCUGCAGCCCUGCGGCACCUGCCCGGGGGCCUACCACCUCAGCUGCCUGGACCCCCCCCUCAAGACGGCACCCAAGGGCAUGUGGGUGUGCCCCCGGUGCCAGCAGAAGGCCUUAAAGAAAGAUGAGGGUGUGCCCUGGACCGGGAUGCUGGCCAUUGUGCACUCCUAUGUCACCCACAAGACAGUCAAAGAAGAGGAGAAGCAGAAGCUGCUUCGACGAGGCACUGAGCUUCAGAAUGAGCACCAGCAGCUGGAGGAGCAGGAUCGGCGGCUGGCUUCAGCAGUGAAGAAAUGCCUGGAGCUUAAGACAAGCCUGUUGGCCCGCCAAAGGGGCACCCAGUCAUCCCUGGACCGCCUCCGGGCCCUCCUGAGACUUAUUCAGGGCGAGCAGGUGCUCCAGGUCACCAUGACGACCACCAACCCUGCCCCAUUGCUGGCAGGGCCCUGGACCAAGCCCUCGGUGGCAGCUGUGCAGCCCACCCUCCAGCACCCCCAGGGCCACAACUGACCCUGAGGAACCUGUCUUCAUACCCACAGGAAGUUACUGGAACCCUGCUCACGCGACCUGGGGGUUCUGUUGGCCUUAAUUCAGAAACACUAUGAAUUUCAGACAAAAAUAAACCAGAGGGAGAUGGAGGAGAGGAAGAAAGCAGGGGUGAAGUUCUGGCGGGGGUGGGGCCCUGCAGCCUUCUGGAGACACCUGGGAGCCAGGUGGGGUUGGGGCCUGUGCCCUUCACCUUCAGAGGGGACACCUGGGAGCCAGGUGGGAUGCAACUCGCUGGGGCGAUGGUCAGCCCACAUCCUACUCCUGCCAUCCAGGCCCGGCCCUCUCCACGGCUUCACACUGUCCCAAGGCAGAGAGAGGCUGAGGCUGUGGAGGGGACAGCAUGCCCUGCACGUCAGGAGGAAGCUGUGAGAACGUGGACGUAGCUGAGUAGUAGAGGUAGUUGGUUGUGCAUUGGGAAGAACUGGGUAGCGGGUCUAGUAAGUCCCCUGACACCCUUCUCCCAGAAGGCCCUCCUGGUGCUGGGCCAGGCCUGGGGUUCCCCCUGGGGAACUGCUGGUCAGUAUUACUGGGAGCAGGAAACACACCUAUGUCCCUUGGAAGAGCCUCUCCAAGGCAGGGUUGGCCUGUGGGCUGCUGCCUUGUCUUGGCACCUCGGGGCUUUGCUCCUUCCUUUUGCUGGUCUACUGGACUCAUUUUGCUACUGAUGCAUUUUUCUCAUGGAGUUUUUAGGGGAGAUGGAGCUGCAGCCAAGCAGGAGAGGCAUUUGGCAGGUCUCCUAUUUGGGGUUGAAUCAUUCAACGUAAGACUACAGCCUUUUACUUCCUCCUGCGCGUUCCACUCCUCUUUUCUUUGCCAGUACAGACACUAUGCCAAAAAAUAUCUUUACAUUUUUGUACGGCAUUUUUAUUGUAAGGUUUAAUGUGAAGAGGGGGCUUGCUGACUUUUUUUUCUGCUCAUAGUGUCUGCUUCGAGGUACGAUGAGCAAACCGCCCCUUGGGGAGGCUGGCCAAACCGGACCCACCAGACGGAUAUUUAGGAACUGGGGUAGAGGGUGGGGGGAGGUGAAAGGGACGGUGGCCUUGGGAGGGGUUGGCCUUGAGGGCAUGAGACAGACAGCUCUUGCUGUCUCCUCUCCUUGGCAAAGUGGAGGCCCCCACCGUGGUACAAGGGCUCCUGUGUCCAGGGGCGGGGGCCCAUGCAGACUUGUCACAUCCACCAGCUCUCCAGUCCCGAGGGACUUAGCACAACUGGAUAAGCAUCCAGGGGCCACAGGGCCUCACCCUGAGCAUAUCACAUGGUGCCGAUUUGCAUUGAACGUGCGCAUGUGAGUGGCGCGCGGCUACGUCCACAGACACGUACACAGCAGAGCAGGGAGGCUGGCCGGUUCCCGCAGACGGCCAAGGUCUCUCAUCCUUAUCACGACUCCGGGAGAAACUGUGCUGUACGAUACAGAUCUAUUUUAAUACACUUAACACUCGGUUGAACCAGAUUUUAUAUUCUUUUAUGGAUGAGCAGAGUGAGCUGUGUGAGGCGCAUGUCUUUUGUCCGUCACUCUCUAUGCCAAGGACGCUUCACCGUGUGGCUCGCGAUGUAAAUGUCUUCAGGUUCCUUUUUUGUCCAUUCGUUUUUCCUUCUCGGAUGGAUCGAGUUAAAAUUUUUUAAAAUGUAACAGGAGGAUAUGAAAGGUUGGACCCAGAAGGGGUAGCUGCCAAUGUGUCUUGAGACUUAGUUUUUCUGGACCAAGGAGGACUGUCCAGUGGAUAGUGAGGGUAGAGAAAGUGUUUGUCUUAAAUAUGCCCAUGUAGUUCCCUUCUGUACGAUGCAUUAAACUCCACUGAUGAUUUCAAGCCCUGUGCUCUGGUGUCCUUGCCUUCAGCAGAGAGGCCCCGGGGGUGCCUGGGGCAGCCCAGAGGGCCUUGGAGAGGCCAGAAUCAGGGUCCUGCCCCCCACCCAGAGGGAGGAGGGAAGCGGGAGAGAGCCCAAGGCACUAACUGGGCCCUCCACAUGCCGGCCCUGCCUAGCCCCCAUUAGGGCCAGGAGCAAUGGGGGACACACAGGAACCCAACGGGCCAGAGCCCAGGGUGGUACCCCUGCCCCCUCGCUGGCUUUAUCUCUCAGUCCCCCGGCGUGCUCUUAUCUGGCAGCAGGCUCACAGCUCCUAUAACUUGGCUUCCACUGGCUUCCACCUGCACUUUUUAAGAACAGCCAGAGUGGGGGACAGCCCCCUGGAGUCCUACCCCCUAACAUGUGUGGAGGGCCUCUGAUUGGGCCAGUUGUUCAGGGCUCUCUUCUGGAAUAUCUGCUGUGGCCACAGGGUGGGGUUGAAUUUGAAAGUGACUUCAGGGCAUAGAGAGGCAAAGGGGUGGCUGGGGUGGGGGGUGGACAGUACCCAGCAAGGCCAGCUUCAUAGCCUGCCCAGGGCCUGGAGUUUGUUGGGGAUGGGGGAGCAGAUUCAAGUCUGUUCUGUCUCUUCCCCAUCCCCACCUUCAUGGCAUCCCACAGAGCUGGCCUCAGCCUCUGUCCCAGGGUGCCAAGAGGAAACUCUGGGUCCCCUUGGGGGUCCCUGUACCCGUUGUCCCCAGUGCACUCCUGUCCUCUCGGAUCCUUUCUGGUCGGGCUUCUGUCCCCUCCCCCACCACAUGCCCCUUGAUUCCCCCGUGCUGCCCAGUGAAGGUCAGGAAUAACCCUGUGGCAAGAUGCAGCAGAGCCACGUAACAUCAACCACACUUUCCAUCGAGGAGGUGCCAGGAUUUGGCUCCACUUGUCUCAUUGUCCCCUGCCUCUGCCCAGGUCUGCACCCCUCGUGCCUAACCACUAAGUGCCAGCCCAGCCAUGCUCUGCUCUCUCCUCCCGAGUUCCCUGGUCAGCCUUGUGCAGCCUCCUGGCUCCUGGUCAGCGAUGGUGGCCACCAGUGGUUGGCCCUGCAGACAUCUCAGUCUCUGCAUGGUCACCUCCAGACCAGCCCUUCCUGGGACCUGCAGGCUUCCUGAGCCAGCACCCAGCAGUGGCCCCGGACUCUACUCUGCCACCCAUGCUAGUUGUGGGGAAAUUUGCCAGUUCUGCUUCAGAAUAAAGGCACAGUGGGCCCUGUCCCACCAUCUGCUCCAAUGUCACCUUGAUCUCAGCCCCAUCUCUCACCUGCACUACCUGGUCCCUCCUCUUCUGACUGCAGUCACCAAGGUGUGAUGGGGGCUCCGUUACAUCCCUGCUGUCACAAAGCUAAAUGUGGUACUCAACUUACUUGUUUGUGGCUUCCAGAGCCACACCCCUGCACACGCUGGCCUCCCUGGCUCAUUUCCUGCUCCUCCCCCGGUCCAGCCUCUGUGCGGCACCUCCAGGCCUUUGCAUGUGCUGUGCCUCCUGCCUGGCACACUCUUCCCCAGCCCCACUUCCUGACUGGCCCCUGACUUGAGCACAGGCCCCGUGGAGCUCCCUAGUGUCUGUCCUGCAUUGCUCUGUGGACUCUGCAGGCUUUUCCUCUCUUGUCUUUGUCCCUGCACUUCAAGACACGGGUGUCUGUGCUCAGCUUUGCUCAGGAAUCCAGCAUCUAUAGCGGUGCCUGGCAUACAGUGGGUGUUCAGUCUGAAUAUUUGUGGAAUGAACCAAGCAGUCCUCAGGACAGAGCUGCCAAGCCUCGGGACUGUACCCACCCUGGCUCAGGGCUCUGCCCUGGGGCACCCCCAUAGCCAGUCCAGCUGCCAGGUGAGGGUGAGCUGGUGGAGGAGAAAGCUGAGGCUGGAAGGGAUGGAACUUCCCCCGCCCUGAUGCAGGACCCCGGGGAAGCCUCUGCAACCCAGUGUGGGAAAUCCCCCUCUCUGUCCUGCUCCUCCGCCCCAACAACACAGCUCCCACCCUCCCUUCCAGAGAAGACCCCUGCAUGGGACAGCUCUACCAUUAGGAAGGGGUGUCCCACAGGGUACAGAGGUCUGCCAUUAGUAGCUUCAAGCCCCUCCCACAGCACCCAGGUGACCCUAUGCCAGGGCAGCCCUCAGGAUAGGACAGUGGCAAUUCCAGCUCUCCCAUUCCUCAGCAACCUCUGACUCUGUUGGACAACAGGACCCACAACCUGCCUUCUGCACAUACAGGAAGCUUUUCUUUGCCAUAUCCCAGUUCUCUGCUUCACUAUUCUUAUGCUUUGGGGCCUUUAUUAGGUAAAAUAAGGGUUGUUGAACACAAGUGGACCAAUAACUGUGAGGGUGGAUCUGAUAACCAAGAUGGCUGCCAAGCCACUAAUGGCACCUAAGUGCUGGACAGAAGGGAUAAUUCACAGCCCGGGAGGGAUGGCACUUUGAAUCAUUUGUGGAAGUUUUCCAUAUUUAAUAUUUAAUAUUUUUAGACAGUGACUGUAAGUAAAACCACAAAGAAGGGAGUACUCUAUAAAAGGUCUUUAUGUGUGUACUGGGGGUUUGAAUGGAUUCCCUCCAAAAUUCAGGUGUUGACAAUGUUGCAGUGUUAAAAGGUGUGUGGCUGUUUAAGAGGUGAUUAGGCCACGAGGGCUUGCGCUCAGCCUGCGCCCCCUCCCUGCUGCCUUCCUCCCAUCUCAAGGAGCCAUCUUGGAAGCCGAGAGCAACCUUUCCGAGACGCCAGACCUGCCAGCGCCUUGAUCUUGAACUUGUCCCACUCCAGAACUGUGAGCACAUAAAUUUCUGUUCUUUAUAAAUUGCCCCUCGGUGGCAUUUUGUUAUAGCAGCACAAACGAAGAUAAACCCAUGGUAGACCCCUUUCCUUAGGUUGCCUGCAGUCUGCUUCCUUAUGGCUCCUGCUCUCUGGAACUUGCCAGAGCUUCCCCUCUGCCCUGCAUAAUUAUGUCAUCUGCAAGGACAGUCAGUUUUAAUCUUGAAUUAGCGCAAUAGCCUGGGCCUCUGAAACAAUGUUGAAUGGAAGUGGUAAGACUGGGCAUUUUGGUCUUAUUUCUGAUUUUAGAGAGAAAGUAUCAAUAAUUUGACCAUUAAUAGAUAGAUAGAAGUUCCCUUCUGUUCUUAGUUUGCUUAGAUUUUUUUUUAAAUCAUAUGGUUUUUAAAUUUUGUCAAAUGCUUGCGCUACAUCUGUUUUAAAAGCGGUGUGGAUAUCAACUUUAUUCUGUAAAUAUGGUGAUUCAUAUUCAUUUUUAAAUGUUAACCUUGAAUUCUUGGA